ACCUUACACUUCAAAGUUCGGCUUGUGAGGCUAUUCAAUGAAGUGACAUUAGAAGCAAAGCACUAGCGUGUGCAGCGAAAGUAAAUGUGGAAACGAGAUGAAUAAAGCUUAUAUGAGCUCCGAUUGUGUUGUGAUUUCGUUCAAAUCGUAUUCUGCAUUCAAAGUGGCGUGUGCAUUAAGAUUUUCACGAAUUCUCAUCAAACUAACUUGAUUUAAAGAAAAACUACACUGAGCCGAUAGAAUAGUACAACCUGUUUACAGCAGACAAAAAUAAAUAGUUGAAUAAAAAAAAUUGAAAACGAAUAAUUUAUUGUGUUGGAGUGCGCGAUAGUUUCAAGUGAACCGUUAACAUGAAGAAAGCUACCACAGUCGUUGAUAAUUAUGAAUUUCGUUUGAGCAAUGAGCUCAAACUGUUGGCCGAGUCUGAAUUGCGAGAAACAUGUGCGACCAGAGAUUUUGCUCUAAAAGCAAUUCGCGAUUGGAUUGAAUCGAACCCACGAAUCGAAGCCGCUCGAAUGGAUGCUAGUUUUUUAUUGCGAUUUUUGCGAGCCAAAAAAUUCAGCGUACCCAUUACACAAGAAGGAAUCGAAAGAUAUCUAUUACUGCGUCAGUCAUAUGAUUUUUUCACCAAUUUGGACAUGAACUUACCAACGAUGAAAACACUUCUAAACUUGGGGUAUAUUUUUGCGGUGCCAAAACGUGAUCAGUUUGGUAGAAGAGUUAUCAUCACAAGACCGGGUGUUUUCGAUCCAUAUAAAUAUGCCAAUACCGAUAUGCUCAAAUUGCACGGCAUGGUUUACGAAACAUUAAUGGAAGAUGAAGAGAAUCAAAUACGUGGCUAUGUUCACAUUGUUGAUUGUACUGGCGUUAGUUUGCCGUACAUGACUUUAUUCACUCCCAAAGAGGCUGUUCGAAUUAUUAAAAAUGCCGAGAAUACGUUGCCAAUGCGACAUAAAGAAAUAGUUGCAUUUAAAAUGCAUGCAUCGAUUAAAUUUGCCGCUGAUUUUGCACUUGGUUUAGUAACUGAAAAGCUACGAAGUCGUGUCAAGUUUUUCACUUCACUUGAGUCAGCUAAAGUUAUCGAUCGUUCUAUACUACCUUUGGAGUACGGCGGAACCAUUCCAAUGGCUGAAAUGAUUGAAUCAUGGAAAGUUGAAAUGGCUGCAAAGCAGUCAAUACUUCUUGACAACGAUAAUAUGCGCGUUCAUUUGGAUAUGUAUUCAAUGAAAGCGCGUGAAGGUGCAAUCAGUGCAUUGAAACAAUUGAAUUGUGCAUCCAGCGACAAUGACAAGGGACAAUUGUAUGGAUUACAGGGAAGUUUUCGAAAACUCGAAGUCGAUUGAGCAUCGUUGACAACGAACCAGUACUCUACAUAUAUUUACUAGUAUAUUUAAGACCUUUUUUUAACGUUGAAUGCUCAAAAUUGCGAUAUUUUAUACUUUUUGAUUGCGGGGUGACGGGCGAUCGAUAUGUUAAUAUUUUAUAUAUAUAUAUUUGGUCUACUUAUCUCCAAAACUAAAUCCAUGAUCAAACAUCAAAUCAUUUCGUUUUGUAAUGAGUGGCACACCAUUGAUGUAGGAAUUAAAAAAAAACAACGCCAGCAGUAUUUCUUCACAUUUUUCCUCCCUCUCACACUUCUUUCUUUUUUCUAUAUUGUUCAUACGUUUCACAAAUCACAAUUUAUGCUAUCAAUUUAUUUAAAUACCAAUAAAUAAAUGUACGAUAAGUUAAAAGAUUGUUAUCCAAUUGUCUACAUGGGAAUUUACAUAAUCAAAACAAAAAUUUUAAAAUAUACAUAAUAA